AUGGUGGAGAUGAAGAAGAAGUCAAUUCUCGAGCUCGCGGCUGCGAGAGAACUAGAACAAGAUAGUAGAGUGGAGCAGCAGCGAGACGACGGUGCUGCCGCCAAACCUGCAGUAAAAAGCAUGAAAAAGAAGGCGAUGAAGAAGGAGAGCGACUCGCAGAAGCAAGAGAGAGUCAUGACUUCAAAAAAGGAUCAGCCAGAUGUUGAGGUUGAGGCUUCCGCGACCGAUAGUGCGCCGAAAAAACCGGACGCACCUGCGGAGGGGUCGAAGGCGGGCAAGCGUAACCGUCAGAAAAAAACGGACUGGACCGCAGCACGGUUGAGCCCGAAAGACUAUCAGUUUCGUGCAAUCAAGAAGUAUGAAAAUGCUGACGAGGCAGGCAAGAAAAGAAUAGUGGAAGAGAAUGAGAAGAAAUACCACAUGAUCCGCUUUUUCGAAAGGUAUGUUUGUUUUCCUUGUUGAGUUGGAUAUCAGGUCGAUGCUCACUAUCCUCGUUUACAACAAGAUGAAGAACACAGAUUUAUUGAAAUUGAUGAGCAUUGUUUCGCAGAUUGCCUAGUAUCACCGUCUUCUUUUUACUUUUUAUAAGAGAUGACCAUCCUUUAUAUAAAUAUAAGUCUCCGUCAAGACUAACACUAACUGUAACUUUUCGUUUUACAGGAAGCGGGUCGAAAAGAACUUGGACCGUGCACGAAAGCAAGUUGUAGAAGCCAUGAAGAAGCCUGAGAAAGAUCAAGACCAAGAAGACCAGGCACGCGAUGGUACUUCAUCUAGCUUGGAUUUUAUUUGCAUAGUACAAAGGUCGAUGGGCUAAUUUUGAGGGUUCAUGUUUCUCAUGAUAAAUGAAUCAAGCUUUUCUUGUUCCACCUAAUGCAUGGCAAAUAAUCAUCAUGUAUGAGCAAGCAAUAAAGAUAAAUCAGUCUUCACCUCGUCUCCCAUAUAUCCAAAACCAGUUCUGCAGCAAUGUGAGGCUGACAAACGAUACGUGACGAAGUUUCCCGCCUAUCUUCCAUACUUGAGUUUAUUUCCGAAGCAGGAUUCGCCUGAAAGUUCGGCGCGACGAGAAUACAUGCGGGAGUACAUCGACAACAUAAUAUCAGAAAAGCGAGCCAAGUUUGACGAAGAGACAAGUAAAUUUCUGAGUGAAAAAGAGCAGAAGAAGGGGUCAAAAGGAGGCAAGAAAGGCGCCAAGUUGGGUGAUGGAAAAGGUAGCGGAAAAGGAGCUGCGGCGAAGGGAACCGAGGCAGGCAAGGGUGAAGCCGAUAGUGAGGCGAGUACUUCAUCCAAAGGCGGUAAAAAGGGAGCGGGCCAAAAGGGCAAAGGCAAAGGCAAAAAAGGAAAGGGUGAGACGCGCACUUCUCCCGAGAAUGCAGCUGUCGCGGACACUAAGGAUAGCGAGGCAAAGGCCGAUGCUGUCUCUUCUAGCGAAGUCAUGGAGAGCGUCAAGAAGAGUAAGGAGCGGCUUCGCAACGAGGAGGCGGGCGAGCAGAAGUCCUCUUCCGUUUCAAAUGGUAAUCUUGCUGCAUGUCGUGAUGUAGCUCUUGAAGAAGAUGUGGACGUAGAAACAAAGAAGAAAAAGAAGAAGCUGCAGAAAUCCGCUGAAACCGCAGCGACGACAAAUGAUGAAAAAACAGAGUCGGCUGUCCAAAAUAAGUCGGCCCCCUCAGGCAGCACUGUUUCUUCCAAAAAGAAAAUGAAGCCAAACACAACGACUGCUCAAGCUCAGCCGUCUCCAGUUGAGUCCGCUGCAACUAAUUGUGGAGUUGCCGAAGGAGCAAAAACUAGCGACAAACGAAAGGCGCCAGAAGUCGUCGGUGCCUCAGCGAAAAAACAGAAGAAGCAGGACAAAACACCAAACACUCACGGAACCCACGAGUCCUUCCUAGCAUCCCAGGCGCCGCAUCGUCAAGGCGCCAUUGUACAAGCAAACAACAAAAAAAUGACUUUUGACUCUGAUUCUGACUAAAAACGAAGAUGAUCAUCUGGUGGACGAAAAGCAUCUCAGUGCAUCAACAUCGUAGAAAACAUUUGUUAUUUACCAAAUACAAAUUACAGCCCAGAAUUUAUGCCCAUCGGAUCAUCUCUACUGUAGAAAACAGAGUCCCCGAAAUAUUAUGUUCAUGUUCGGGUUUCCGUCGUCUGAAAAAUUGACGAACAAAGAUCUUAUUUCUAACUUUGAUUGUAGAGUGAAACUGAGAUGAUGAAAAUAGAAGCGUG